AUGAGUUUGCAAAUAGAUAUGAACAGCGUGUGCAGGAUUUGCCUAUCGGAAUCCGACCCCAGCCUCUCCUUAUUUCACAUCUUCACCGAUACCAUCGUAGAUGGAACGUUGGUGGCCUUCCCGUACGUGAUUGAGUUUUGCUUGGGUUUGAAGCUUGGACAGGAUGUAGAAGGAGCUCCCAGCAAGGUUUGCCAAGCAUGCCGCUCGCAGUUGUUCCAGUUUUAUAUCUUCAAACAAAAGAGCCACAGAACGGACAAGCUGAUUCAAUCGUUGCUCCAAACCGAACCUCAAUCGACGAAAGUAGAGUUAUGCGCGGUCAAGGAAAACACCUUCAUUUACGAACUGUCCGAGGAGUUGUUGAGUGAUUCGGAAGAGACGCCCUCGAUGGCGGCCGAACCGAACCCCGGCUCAUUAGUCUAUGAUAACGAGGAGUUUAUGCUAGAAGACGAACUCAUUGAGGAAUCGACGGGCCUCGAUACAUCCAAAUCACUGGAGCAGAAUGGUGAUUCUUUGGAGAACGAAAGUCACAUGCACCUGCCCGCUACAGACGUAGGUGAUGAGGGUACGGAAGAUGAUAUUGAGUCAAGCAAUGCGGCGGAAGAUGAUAUUGAAUCGAGCGCAACGCCUUCCUAUGCUUGUUCGCCAAUCAAGCAAGUGCAGCUCAUUAGUGUCGUUCCAGUUCCAACUGUUACGGAGACGAAGGAAUUAAAAUGUGAAAUCUGCGCCACCACCCAUCCGUCAAGAGGUUGUCUGAAGCGGCAUAUGAGGAAACAUAGGAAUGCUAAUAUUCUGCUAGAGCACAUGAGCUUCUAUUCCUGCGAGGUAUGUCAUUCGCUGUAUCUGAACGAAGAGGAGCGAAACGAGCACUAUCAAGCUUGUGCCAACUCGUUUGCGAACAACGAUGAAAUACUGUCGGAGCGCGGUCAGCAUCUCGAUGAUGGUGGAGGGCUGUGUGGCGUGUGUAAUGUGUCCUAUGUCAAUAGCGAAAUGCUUAAACACCACAUGGUACUAACUCACUUGGGGAAAUUUUCCUGUCCGUUCGCGGACUGUGGUUGCGAGUACAAUUCAAUGGCCCCGCUCGCUCUACAUAUUACCAACAAACAUAUACAAUCGGCUGAAACCACCCGUUGCCUUCGGUGCAAAGAAGAGAUCACUCGGGGAUGUAUGGAGCAACAUCUUGAAUCAGGCUGCAAAGCUAUUCCUCAGUUCGAUUGUAUGCACUGUGAUAAAAAAUUCCUCUCAUCACGAGCCCUUGCACAACACCUUAAACAACUGGAGCAAAGGUUCCAGUGUGAGGUGUGCGAGAAAUCGUUCGCCGCGCUAGCAUCAUUGCGAUCACAUCAGCUAACACACACGGGAGAAAAACCGUUCCUUUGCACCGUCUGCGGUAAAUCGUUUACGACGGCCAGUCACCGGACCGCUCACAUGGAUACGCACAUUAAAGGCAAGUUGUUCGAGUGUGACUUGUGUGGCAAGUGUCUGCAAUCACGUGCCUGCUACCGAAACCACGUCAAACGACAUCGCCAGGAGCGGAGCCACCGAUGUGAUAUCUGCGGCAAAAUGUUCUACUCCAAGUACAGUGUCCGGGUCCACCAGCAGGAAGUGCAUAAAAUGAAAAAUGUUACUCAAGCAGAUGAAUGGAAUGAAGGAAAUCGUUACAGUUAG